GCUCAAAAUGUGUUUAUGUAUGUGAUUCUGUCUGAAAAGAAAUUAAAUUUAAAACAAUAAAAAAAAGAAGAAAACAAAAUGGUUGAAUCAAAACGAUACUCUUCUUCAUCUACAGAUACUGCUAGUGUUAGUGAUUCACCAGAAUCAAAUACACCAGCGAAUAAAUCACUUAAUAAUUCUAAACUAAAUGUUUCUGCAGCAAAUCGUCAUGCACAUUAUUAUUCAUUUAAUCAACAACAACAAAAUAAUACUGAACAAAAACCGAAUGAAACAGAUCAAAAUGCCUUGGGUUCAAAUCAUGUAACAGUCAAUAAGAAAUCUCAUUUACCAUCUGUUGAUGAUGUAUCAACAACUGUAAAACCCAUAGAAACAAACAAUAAUAAACAUAUUUCUGAAAUGAAACAAAAUAAAAUUCCUUCAAUGGAUAAUCAAGGAUUAUCAUCAUUGGAUAAAGAUAUACAUCUUCAUCAUACUAAUCAUGAUAAUAAUAAUAAUAAUGAUAAAUUGAAUUUAAAUAAUUAUACUAUAGGAUCUAUUACAGAAAUAAAUUAUGAUGGUUGUGAAUCACAGGUGAAUUAUCCACCGAAACAUGAAGCUAAACAAAAUAGUAUUAUAACAAUUUUUACGAUAUGGAAUACAAUAAUGGGUACAUCGAUUUUGGUAAUGCCAUGGGCUAUACAACAAGCUGGUUUCACUUUGGGUAUAUUUUUAAUUAUAUUUGUCGCAUUCAUUGCUUGGUAUUGUGGUUAUCUUGUAUUGAAAGCAACAGAAGAUUUGAAAAUUAUACAAAACCUUCGUUCAUCUGCUGACUUGGAGUUUACAGACGUAUGUCAGUAUCAUUUAGGAAGACCUGGUUACAUUUUGGCAAUCUCAUUUUCUAUGUUAGCUCUUUUUGGUGCAAUUAUAGUCUAUUAUGUUUUAAUGUGUAAUUUCCUAUAUUACACUGGUGAUUUUAUUUAUAAUAAAAUAAAUAAUGCGAAUAAUUCACACUUGGAUCAAACAUUUACACUAUGGAAUAAAACGUAUACAGGUGCUACAUGUUCCAAUUUACCAAUUAUCCCAAAUGAAGAUCGUGAAAAUAUUAUAAUUCCUACUUUGAAUCAUGGUAAUGAAGCAUUUAACAAUUCAUCAAACAUUAAUUAUAUUUCUACAUAUAAUCGUUUAUGGUCAAAAACUCGUACUGUUCCAGCAUGGCUUUUAUUAAUUGUAAUUCCAUUGAUUUCUAUUAAAUCACCUACAUUUUUAAGUAAAUUUAAUGCACUUGGUACUAUUUGUGUAUUCUAUCUUGUCAUAUUGGUUUGUUUAAAAGCUGGUCAAUGGGGAAUUAACAUGGAUUUUUCAUCUAAACAUCCUUAUAGAAUUGUACCUCAAGCACAAAUUACAUUUAUUAGUUUAACUGGUAUAUGUUCAUUGGCAUUUUUCUGUCAUAACACUUUACAUACAUUAACACGUAAUCAAAAACAACCGGAAAAUAAUACACGAGAUGUGGCUAUUGCAUUUCUUCUGGUAGCAGCUACUUAUCUAUCUAUUGGUUUAAUAUUCUACUGCACUUUUCCAUUAGCAAAGUCUUGUAUUGAAGAUAAUCUUCUAAACAACCUAAUAACAGAUAUACCAGUAUUUAUUGGUCGUUUCUUUUCACUUCUACAAAUGUUCACUGUAUUUCCAAUGAUUCUUUAUGUAUUACGUGUACAAAUUAUGACUGCUAUAUUCAAAAAACCAUAUCCAGGAUUUCUUCAUGUUACUAUAUUACAUGUAUUUAUUCUUGGAUUAUCAUUAACAUUUUCAAUGUUGAUGCCAAGUAUUGGCACUAUCAUUCGAUUUAGUGGUUCAUUAUGUGGUCUAGUAUAUAUGUUUACAUUACCUCCAUUAAUUUAUCUACUUAAUAAACGUACAUUAACUCGUUUACAUAAUGAAGGACAUAUUAAUAUAUCUCAAAUACAUUCAGAAAAAUUACUAAAUGGCAAUCAUCAUCAUCAUCAUCUAAAUAGAAUGGGUAUUCAUAAAUCACCUAUAGAUGAUCAUAUACCAUUUAAUGAAUUACAAUUAGAUAAUCGUAGUGAUACAUUAUCAAUAAUUAAAAUUAAAUUAUUAUCUGAACAUGAUACAUUAAAAUGGUUGUUUAUUAUAUUUAUACAUAUAUUCAUUAUGUUAUUAGGUUUAUUAAAUUUUAUUGGACAAUUUUCUGUAUUUUUUUAUUAAAACACACACACACACGUGCACAUGGAUACGCACAAAAGGAUAAAAUAUUCCCUAAUGUUGAAUCAUUUCAUUCAUUAUGGAAUAAUUUGCCCCAUCUUCUUAUUACAUUACACAGUUCCACAAACACAUACAUACACACACACACGCAUAUGGAUAUGCACAAAGGGGUAAAAUACUCCCUAGUUUUUAAUCAUUUCAUUCGUUAUACAAUAAUUGCCCCCACCCACCCCCUAUUACAUUACACAGUUACUAUAUACCAUUUUUAAUCACUGAUAAGUAUAAAAGAAUAAUAAUAAUAAUAAUUGAAUUCAAAUUAAUUAAAUAAUGAAUUCAUAUUUAGUCAAUUAAAUUGAUUCAUUUAAAUUAGUCAAUCAUUCUACUUUAUCAAAUGAUAUAUCCUAUAAAAUUUACUUAUUAUACGUUUUACUACUUAAUUUAUAAUAAAGUAGGAUAAUAAUUUAUAAAGAAAAAACGAAAACUUUUCUUUUUUGAUAUAUUUAUACAUUUAUCUAUGUAUCUGUGUAGAUUAGGUGCUUCUUUUCUUUUUUUAAACAUUCAAAUUAUAUUCUGUAAUUAGUAAACUGAUUGAAAAAACCCCCUUCCCCCUCUUUUUUUUUGUAAAAAAAACUAUAAUCAGUUGUUAAAAUUUUUUAUUGGACAAUUUUCAUUAUUCCUUUUUUUGUUGUAUUUUCUAAUCCUAAUAAUCUUUUAUAUUUUUCUUUUUAAGAGAAAAAUUUUCUUGUUUUAUUUUAAUUUAUCGAUUUGUUUAAAUCUUUAAUUUAGAAUUCUUGGUAACAUUUUUGGAUUGAAAAAAAAACUUGUUGAAAAAAUCUAACAUGAAAAGUAUAGUUUUUUUCUUCUUCUCAUUAGUUGGUGUGAAUACUUUCUUAUUUUCAUAGUUGAAGUCAUGAGUCAAUUGUAGGUAGACAACUAUGGAAGAUCUGGAAGCACUGCACUGCCGUUUCGUACUAUUUGGGGCUCCUCAACAAUGCGCGUCCACGAUCCCGCAAUCGCGAGAUUUGAACCCAUGACCGACCAGUCUCGUGCCAGAGUACUAAACCGAUAGACCAACGAGCUGGCCGGCAUCCAACGAUGGUAAUGUCUAACUUCAACCAACUUUCUUAUUAUCAAAUAUACCAGCAGUUGAAUACGUCAAUAGCAUAGGAAGUUUCUGGAAAGUGUUGACUAUUAUUGAUAUCACAAAUGGAUCUGUAUUUGACAACCAAUUAAAAUCAAGAAGGAUUAAAUAGCUUUUUCGUCUUCGUAUAUCAGUUAGUCAGUCAGGUACAACGUAGGAUCAGGUACAUAUAUGCAUCGGUCCAAGCUGCAACACCUCAUUAACAAUACAAGAUGAAUACCAGAUUCGUAGAAGUAGUUAAUUUAGUGGUGG